AUGUCUACCCCCGAAGCUCGUGCAGCUCGCAAAAAGGCCAUUCUGAGUCGAGGAUCUGACCGACUGGCCAAACUUACCACGUCGGCGCGCGGUGAAGACGCACCUGCAUACCUUCACGAUGAUCCACCGCUUGCUGGGAUUGGGAUGUCUGUGCCUGCGACGAACAUGAACACGCGGAAUUUUUUGGGGGAGGAGACGGCUGAUAUGCCUAUGCCUACGCCUGUGUCGAUGAGGACGAGGACGAGCUUGUCGCCUUCGCCGAGUCCGCAGCCUGUGCGCAAGGUGACGCCUUCGCGGAAUGCCCAUGCCACUACCAAUGCCAAUGCCAAUGCCAAUGCGAAUGCGAAUGCGAACAUCUUCGAGGGGCUAGGAGAGAAUGGCGCUGAUCCGUCGGUGUGGGGGCCAGAGCAGCAGCAGCAGUUUUUGCAGGCGCUGAUGAAUGCGUCCAAUGGAGGGGGGCAGGGGCCGUUUGGGUUCGGUGCUACCCCAGAUGCGAGUGUGCCAUCUAUGGAGAAUAACCCGUUCGCUGCGCUUAUGGGUCCUAUGGCUGGAGCGGAAGGUGGUGGUGCUGGAGGAGGGGGGUCUACGAUGCCGCCGUUCGGUGGUCAGGGAAUGUUCCCCGCUGCUAUGGAGCCACCGAAAGAGAAAACGCGGAUGCAGAAGGCGAUGCCGUUGCUGCAUCUUGUAGCUGUGUGGUGUCUUCUCGCGUACUUUGUGUUGUGGGCGGAGCCGCGGACGUAUAGGGAUGCGGUGGGUGAGGAUGUCGGGCUGUCUGCUAUGGGUAUUUGGCAGCGGUGGUCGAAUCUAGGCCAGAAAAAUGCUACGCUGGGAGACGCGAUGCGCGCGUUCAAGGUUCAGAUUGUGCCUUUCUUUUGGGCAUUUACGACACUUCAAGUGGUGUUGCAUUCGCUGCGCAUCUUUUCUGGAUUUGAUACUGUCCAACCACCGACUUUGCUGGCGCUGGCGUUGCCUCACUUGCCCGCGCCACUACCAUCUCUCAUUAUCAAUUCAUUGAAAUACAUCCAGAUGGGGUCGUUAUUCCUCGACGACCUGUCAGGACUUGUUGUAGGCGUUGGGUUCAUAAUAUACUUCUCGGGAUGGUUUGUACAGAGUCAGUCGUGA